UCUGUCGGGGUCCGCCUCUCCCUCAGCCGCUCCCCGCCGCUUACCCGGCCCCGCGCACGAUACGUCCCGGUCGCUUCCGCCCCGGCUCCGCCUCUCACAGUGUGCCCAUGCGCGUCCCGCCCAGCUCCGCCUCACUCGCGCAGCGCUCCGCCUUCCCGCCCGCGGAGCGAGCCGGAACGGCCGCUGGGUACCGGCUGAGGGCUCUGAGCGGCGGCGGCUGCCGUAUCUCUUCAGACACCACUAUGGCUGCUGCGGUGAACAUGGAGCUUGAUCCUAUUUUUCUGAAAGCCCUGGGCUUCUUGCGUUCAAAGAGCAAGGAUUCUGCGGAAAAGCUGAAAGCACUUCUUGAUGAGUCUUUGGCCAGAGGAGCCGAUUCAAGUUAUCGUCCAUCUCAGAAGGAAGUAGAGCAACCAAAAGUAUGUGUUACCAAGCCUGUUUCUAGUAAGCAAGAUCCUAAGGCCUCUUCUAGUUUGCCUUCUGGUAACAACAAUGGCAAGCCUACUGCAUCAGAAAAGGUGAAAAAAGAAACAGAAAAGAGAUCUGCUGAUAAAAUGAAAGGGGAUGCUGCUGAAGGAGCUGAUGUGCCAAAGAAGCCCAGACUUGAGAAGCAAGAGGCUCGUUCCUCUCCUAUUACCGUUCAGACAAGUAAAGAUUUAUCCAUGCCUGAUUUAUCUAGCUUUGAGGAAACCAGUGCUGAUGACUUUGCGAUGGAAAUGGGUUUGGCCUGUGUUGUUUGCAGGCAAAUGACAGUUAUUUCUGGGAAUCAGCUUGUAGAGUGUCAGGAGUGCCAUAAUCUCUACCACCAGGAUUGCCAUAAACCUCAGGUGACAGACAAGGAAGUGAAUGAUCCUCGACUUGUAUGGUACUGUGCCCGCUGUACCAGGCAGAUGAAGAGAAUGGCUCAAAAGACACAAAAACCACCUCAAAAACCAGCUCCAGCUGUGGUUUCAGUUGAACCAGCUGUGAAGGAUCCAUUGAUCAAGAAAUCUGAAAUUAAAUUGAAACCUGAGACCCAAACAACUUUUCUAGCAUUCAAGAGAACAGAAGUGAAGCCCUCAGCAGCAGUUUCGGGGAACUCAGCCAGUACAAGUGUUUCCUCUUCAGCAACCACCAGUGGCCUUACAGGAUGGGCUGCUUUUGCAGCCAGAAACUCUUCUGCCAAUCCAUCAACUGCCAAACUGGGAUCAACAGCACAGAGCACCGGUGGGAAACCUGCAGCAGCUUCAAAUAACCAGAAACCCGUGGGUCUGUCGGGGUUGGCAGCUUCCAAAACAGGACUAGGGUCAAAAAUAGCUUCUGCUAACAAUAGCACAAGCCCCGUUCAGCUGAAACCACCUCCACCUCUGACACUGGGGAAAACCACUCUUAGUCGUUCGGUAAGUAGCGACAAUGUUAGCAAAGUGGGUCUUCCUAGUCCCAGCAGCACUGCGCCAAGCACCAGCAGUCAGGUGAGCAGUGGGAAUGGCAACAGUGGGACUGCAGGUAACAGCGGGGGCAACGCAAGCAAAACCACAGCAGAUGCUGGUAAUCAGUCAGCUUCUCUGAAAGGCCCAACUUCUCAGGAAUCUCAGCUCAAUGCAAUGAAGAGGCUACAAAUGGUCAAGAAGAAGGCUGCUCAAAAGAAACUCAAGAAGUAGUACAGCUGCUUGCUGAUCUUGCUGGCUGUGAUCUGCGAAACAGCAGCCUUUAUCUUUUAAUUAAAGAAAAUCCCCAAGUUACUGGACUGAACCGGUAAUUAGGGAAGUCCCAAAUCUGUGCUAUACAGGAGGUAAAACUUAGGUAAUCCUAGUAUUCCUUCUGACUAUAAAUCUGAAAACUCAAUAUGUUCGAGAAAUAUUCACUAUUAUAUGCUGUUGGUUUUUAGCUCAAAGCAAUGGAAUGUGAAAUUGUAAGCAUUGGGAAUUUUGGUGUAUUUAAGAGAACAAUUUGUGGACACAAACUGAAAUUAAGCUGUCAUCCUUCAGCAUUGUGAAUAAACGUAU